CUUUUGAAGCGCUAACCUCCCAUCAGUGUAAUUCAAUGGGGCGGCGACUGCACCUGAUUUUCUUUGCUCAGUUGCAAGCUCGAGUCGCAGAACCAACUUCAUAGCGCUGACCCAGACCUCGCGACGUCUGCGUCUUGCCUCAUCUGUGCCAAAGUUCGUCAUCAGCACUGUUCCCAUCGAACCCUGCAGCUGCAUAGAUCGCUGCUCUUCAAGCUUCCUCGACCAUAUCUCUUGACUUGCUGCCAUGCGCCUUGUCCUCUUCGCGUACACCACAGUGCCUCCUCAGCCGAAUCUUUAUCCUAUCGCUCGAGAAAACCCCUCGCUUCGUAUCCCUCGAGCUGGAAAGCUCCAUUCCGUUGCAGCGACUAGGUCGCACUGAGCAAAUCGCCAACAUGUCGGUUCCAAGGGAGAAUGGGCACCAGCGUGCCUCGUCGGCGUCGAGAAACGGCCACGCACCGCUGUACCGGCUCAACUCGAAUCAGAGCAGUACGAGCAUAUUUGAAGAGGUGGAAAUGGCACAUGAUGAGCUUUUCUCUGGCCCGAUCGCCGAAAGUCUUCCCACCAGCGUUUCCGCUUUCUCCCAUCGCCGACCCCGUGCGGACUCCACGACGAGUUUUGCGUACUACCAGGACGAGCCCUCUCCCUCUCCCUCGUUUGAAGACGAACGCCGAAGUCUGUCCGACGUCGGGGACUUUACCUUUGGUGACGAGGACGAAAGCGACAUCGACGUCGAGAACGGCAAUGAAGUCAACGACUACAUGAUACAACAUCGGCGGUCUUCGACACACUCGAGAUCCUCGGUCCAUGCCCGCCUUUUGCGUCGAGACAGUGCGACGACCAACAAGAGUCUGGGCGGAGACCGUCUAAGUCAGAAGGUUUACAUGGUGAACGAGGACUUGACAAUUGCCAUUGCUGGCUUCCGAACUAGCCGCUUAGGUUUUGCCGCUUAUGCAGCACUCUGUCUUUCAACGCUUGGUCUUGCAUGGCUGUUGUUGAGAUGGCUCCCUCGCUGGCAAGUGAGGCUGUUGGGGAAACCGUUCCCACUAGCUGAGUGUGAUUGGGUGGUGGUUGAGAAUCAAUGGGGAGAAUUCGUCGUUAUGGACGUGGACAAGAAAAUGUACGGGAGACCCAUGUCCACCAUCUUUGGCUCCAACGAAAAGGACUAUGCCAUGGACGAUGAAUACGAUCCCAUCAUCGCCGAGCUGCGAAUGCUGAAUUAUCGUUACGUUCGGCUGUACUUCAAUCAGCAGAAGGACAGGUUUGUCAUGUUCAACGGAUGGGUGGAUCCGAACUGGACCGAUCCCCGUGCCGCCCGUGCCGGUAUAGACAGUGAUGAGAAGGGUGUACGAGAGGUUGUCUUUGGCAACAACCUCAUUGACAUUGAGCAAAAGUCGAUACCGCAAUUGCUUGUGGAUGAGGUGUUCCAUCCCUUUUACGUAUUUCAGAUUGCUAGCCUGAUUCUCUGGUCUCUCGACGAAUACUACUACUACGCCGUUGCCAUCUUCUUGAUGUCAUUCGGCAGCAUUGCGACAACCCUCAUCGAAACCCGGGCAACUAUGAAAAGACUUCGCGAAAUUUCUCGCUUUGAGUGCGACGUGCGAGUUCUUCGUAAUGGGUUCUGGCGAUACGUGCCUUCGAGCGAGCUUGUACCCGGCGAUGUAUACGAAGUUAGCGACCCCAACCUGACCCAAUUCCCAAGCGAUGGUUUACUCCUCAGCGGCGAUUGCAUCGUCAAUGAGAGCAUGCUCACAGGCGAAUCGGUGCCUGUCUCGAAGUCCCCAGCCACUGACGAGACCAUGUACAACCUCGACUUGGCUGCGCCUACAGUAUCGCCUGAGAUUGCCAAGCAUUUUCUCUUUUGCGGCACCAAGAUCAUUCGUGCUCGACGUCCCCAAGAAGACCGCGAUGGGGAUGCUGUCGCCCUCGCGCUUGUGGUUAGGACCGGAUUCAGUACCACAAAGGGCUCUCUCGUGCGAUCCAUGCUCUUCCCCAAGCCCUCCGGCUUCAAGUUCUAUCGAGAUUCUUUCAGAUACAUCAGUGUCAUGGCUGUGGUAGCUAUGCUCGGCUUCAUUGCGUCUUUCAUCAACUUCCUGCGUUUGCACCUUGCCUGGCACCUCAUCAUUGUGCGCGCCCUGGAUCUCAUCACUAUUGUGGUACCACCUGCGCUGCCCGCCACGCUCACGAUCGGCACCAACUUUGCGCUUGGCCGGCUCAAGAAAAAGCAAAUCUUCUGCAUCAGCCCUCAACGUGUCAACGUGGGCGGCAAGCUUGACAUAAUGUGCUUUGAUAAGACGGGCACCCUCACAGAAGACGGGUUGGAUAUUUUCGGCGUCCGAGUUGUCUCGCCGGCGACAGGCAAGUUCACAGCUGUAUUAGAAGACCCGGCGUCUCUGGUACUUGACCAGGCCGGAGAUUCAGCUCAGGCAUCAAAGCUUAAUGCUGCUUUGUUUACCAUGGCAACCUGCCACUCGCUCCGAUCUGUCGACGACGAGCUGAUGGGAGACCCGCUUGAUCUGAAGAUGUUCGAGUUCACACGAUGGUCUUUCGAAGAAGGCAGACAGCGUCCCAACGAGGUAGACGAUCAAGACCAAGGCAGUCUCUCACCAUCAGUCGCCAGACCCCCCACUGAGCACAGUGAUAUACUACAUCGUACCACUGCGAGGCGGGACCAAUCGGCACCGUUUGAGCUUGGAAUCCUGAGGUCCUUUGAGUUUGUUUCUCAACUUCGAAGGGCGAGUGUCGUUGUCCGACAAUUUGGCCAACAAAGUGGAGACGUAUACGUCAAAGGUGCACCGGAAUGCAUGCGGGAGAUCUGCCGCGAAGACAGUUUUCCUAUCGACUAUGACGAACAGCUCGCCUACUACACGCACAAGGGUUAUCGUGUAAUUGGCUGCGCUACUCGACAUAUACCUAAGCUCAGUUGGGUGAAGGCUCAAAAAAUGAAGCGGCACGAGGCAGAGUCCAAUCUGGAGUUCAUUGGCUUCAUUAUUUUUGAGAACAAGCUGAAACCAACCACGGCUACGGUAUUGACUGAGCUUUUGGAGUCCAAUAUCAGCACAACUAUGGUAACCGGUGACAACAUCUUGACAGCCAUCAGUGUGGCUCGCGAAUGCAAUUUGAUCAACAAGACGGCGCACUGCUUUGUCCCAAGAUUCGCCGAAGGCAACGCCGGUGACCCCAAGGCCAGACUCCAAUGGGAAAGCAUUGACAAUGGUGCAUUCCAGCUGAAUGCGGAUACCCUGCUGCCAAUGCCUCCCCCGGCCGACGUCGAUGCGUCCCUGGCAUACAACAUCAAUGACAUUCGCAACUAUUCAUUGGCUGUCAGUGGCGAGGUUUUCCGGUGGAUCGUUGAUUUCGCAUCUCCAUUGGUUUUGCAGAGAAUGCUUGUCCGUGGUCGAGUAUUCGCGCGGAUGUCACCAGAUGAGAAGCAUGAGCUGGUUGAGAAGCUCCAAGGUAUUGGAUAUUGUUGCGGAUUUUGUGGUGACGGCGCGAACGAUUGCGGCGCCCUCAAAGCGGCCGACGUCGGUAUUUCGCUGUCAGAAGCGGAGGCUUCUGUCGCGGCCCCUUUCACAUCGCGCGUCUUCGAUAUUGGAUGUGUGCCUCAGGUCAUCCGCGAGGGACGCGCUGCGCUUGUGACAAGCUUCAGCUGUUUCAAGUACAUGAGUUUGUACUCAGCCAUCCAGUUCACGUCUGUCAGCUUUCUCUAUGCGACGGCGUCAAAUCUUGGUGACUUUCAGUUCCUAUUUAUCGAUCUGCUGUUGAUUCUGCCGAUUGCUAUAUUUAUGAGCUGGGCUGGACCGUUCCCUGUGCUGUCACAGAAAAGACCAACUGCAGAUCUUGUCUCCCGCAAGGUGCUUAUUCCGCUGCUGGGCCAAAUGGCCAUUUGUAUCACGGUACAAGCGAUCGUCUACGUGGCUGUUCGGGAGCAGCCUUGGUAUAUUCCACCCCGAAUUGACCAUGACAAGUCCAACAUUAAGAAUUCGGAUAACACUGUUCUGUUCCUGGUAUCCUGCUUUGAAUAUAUCCUAGCGGGAGUGGUGCUCAACGCUGGCCCACCUUUCCGAGAGAAGGCGAUGAAGAACUGGCCAUUCCUGGCGACAAUUGCAACAACUCUUUUAAUUACAUUGUACAUGAUCCUUGGGCCUGCGCGUUCAGUACGGCACUUGAUGCAGCUGACCAGGACAAGUUGGGACUUUGAGAUUUUUAUGAUUAUGUUGGGCGGCGUUUACCUGGCAACGGCGUGGACAUCGGAAAAGUACAUCUUCCAGAAACUGGCCCGGGUAGCGGGGCAUUUCAAAGAACGGGUUUUGAAAAAACCCAAACAACGGAAGGAGUACAAAAUCAUCUUGGAGAACAUGCAGAUAUAGGAGAGUACGACUUUCGUGGCCGCCUUGAGGCCAUUCCGAUCGGGCUGGUCAGGUCUGUAAUGAGUUAGAUCGCAUAGCAACGGAGCUACGGACUCCUCACGGGCGCCUGAUGACUACUCUGCAUCUGAGCUAAAAUAAAAAUAAAUCAAAAAUUCAUACAUGCG